CUCCCUCUCCAGUCUGUGUGUGUGUGUUGUGUGUUAUCUAAGAUCCUCUGUCCUUGUUGCCCGUGUGGGCACUCCACAGCCCCUCUCGGCCCAGCAACUCCGAGUACUCGUCGCUACCUGAUCAACGCACACACACAGACACCCAAUCAUACAGACAGACGAGUGAUGCAGAUCGACAGGAGCCAGGGGAUCUGUGCUGUGUUGUGUUGCUUACCUCCGCUGGCCUCUUGGCCGUCGUUGGGAUGCAUAUCGUCGUCAUCGUCACCGUCAUCGCCACCAUCAACGUCUCCAUCUGUAGCAUCCAUCCAUCCAUCCAUCCAUGUGUGUGUGUGUGAGUGUAUGUCCUGCUCUCUCCCCACCGUCAUCGUCGUCACCGUCGUCACCCUCAGCCUCACUCUCGCCACCGCCGUCCUCAUCUACACCACACAGACAGAGAGGGCCCAUCCAUCCAUCCAUCCAUCCAUUCUCAUGUGUGUGUCCCUUCCUCCAUCCACCAAUGUGCCUCCCUGCCUCUGUGCGUACCAUCGUCGCUGUCAUCCACCUCCCACUCUGAUGGCUCGUCUUGCACUACUUGGCCGUCGAAGACGACUUCAAGUCCUCGCCCCAGCGCCUCACUGCCCAGCUGAGUCGUCUGGCGGAAGCGGUCCUUAAAGGCACCGCUCGCACACACAGGUGCCUCGGUCGUGAAAACAAAAACCAACACUGCAGACAGUCAGACAGACGACACUGAUGACAUUUGACCAGCAGAGCUGCCUGUCUGUCGGCCUGACUGUCUGUCACCUGAUCUGUCGGCAACAUCGCCAAGACGAAUCCCCGCGACGAAGUUGUGGCUGCUAUCGGUCAGCACCAGCUCCAGCACCCGCGCACCACUGUAGCUGAAUGUGGUGGUGCAUCCGGCCACCGGUGUGUGGGGCGACUGGGUGAGGAGGUCAUCCAGACGGCCGCCACCAACACGCUUGAACCACACACACACACACACACACAAUCAGACACGCACCCCUCUCGCCACUGGUUCCAUUCGUGUGGUACCUGUUGAGGUGUAUCGAUGUGCGAUUGAUCGGGUGAGUCCAGCAGAAGUGGUCGUAGAUCAUGCCCUUGGCGAACGACGACACCGACGACACCGACGCAUCGGUGAUCCCGAAACUCGACACCCAUCUGCGGCCGUUGUAGUAGAUGCCGCUACGCACUGGUGGGUCAUGCUGCUGUCGGUGCCGCUGAUACAGAUGGUGGGCAGCGAGGGGCGGGUUGACGUCCAGCCGGAAGCCGGGCUCGUCCUUGAUGGCCCGCACCUCACCGUUGGCACGGCGGAGGAAACGCAGGCAGCUGCCGUCCCUGAACCGCACAUGGCGGCCGACCACCCUGAGCUGCGCCAACACACGGGGAAGCGACAUGUACGCCUACACGACACACACACACACACACACACAGAGAGAGAGAGAGAGAGAGAGAGAGAGGAUGAGGCCUCUCCGCCUUCUCUUCGCCCCCCCUCUGUGUGUGUGCCUUACCGUCUUGCUCCAGUGUUUGUUGAUGUCGUCUGCCGUGAGGCUGAGAGGCAGCGUGCAGCAGUCGCACUGGCUGGCCAGCUGCAGCACCUCAGCGGCCUCGUCCCACCUCUGCUCUUCCACCAUCCAGAUGGCCGCCAGCAGCUCACGCGGUUCAGACACCGUCUGGGCGUCGAAGGUCAGCACCGCGUCUAGCUGGUUGCCGUCAGCGAGGCGAAUGCGAUGCAGUGAGCGGUUGAGUCGGCUGCGGAGGACCUGGGCGGGGAAGUCGACCUUGCUGAAGAACAGGGCCGACCUCCUGAUGUUGCCGAGGUCCUUCAGGGUGUGCAGGCCAUCGCGCUCGUCCCGAUAGACGACGUCGAGCACCUGGCCGUUGAGGGCGGGCGAUACCUCGUCGGUGCUCUUGCUGUUGACCGCACCCAUCGCACUCGCAAAGGCUACUUGCUACGCC